AGCAGGAUAUACAAACCAUGGUCCCCACCAGUUGGAGUCCUGCUGGCCUGUCUCUGCUCCCAACCCAACUGCUAUCGGGCUUUAGUUUCAGGUCAGCAAGCUCUAUUUGCUUGCCAAAAAUAAGCCUCUGCCACCAUGCUGAAGGGAGAAAAACAAGAAGGGCGGUAUUUUUAGGGCCAUUAAUUCUGACCACGUGCCCAGGAGGUGAACGGGAUGGCCACGGCACAAAGACCUCUCAUCACUAUGUCCUGCGACGCCGGCGCUCACCGGACGCUGCCUGCCUUCCUUCUCCUGGGCCUGCUAGCCGGGAUUGCUGCCACACACCCAGCUGUAAGCAGAACUAAUGGCACAUUGCUGGAGAGAGGAUGGCAAUCUCUGCUGUCCAGGUCCAUGGCUGGGAUGUCAGGGGAGAAGGCAGAUGUGAACUGGGAGAGUGACUAUUUGCUAGGAAUCAAGAGGCAGCGGAGGCUUUACUGCAACGUGGGCAUCGGGUUUCACCUUCAAAUCCUCCCAGAUGGAAGGAUAAGCGGAGUUCACAAUGAAAACCAAUACAGUCUCUUUGAAAUAUCCACUGUAGAAAGAGGUGUUGUAAGUCUGCUUGGUGUGAAAAGUGCUCUCUUCAUUGCAAUGAACAGCAAAGGCAGGUUGUAUGGGACGGCUGUUUUCCAAGAUGAGUGCAAGUUCAAGGAAACCUUGCUGCCCAAUAACUACAAUGCAUAUGAAUCCAAGGUUCACCGUGGUGCUUACAUAGCCCUGAGCAAGCACGGCAGGGUGAAGAGAGGGAACAAGGUUUCUCCUGCCAUGACAGUGACCCACUUCUUACCAAGAAUAUGA